UAUUAUUGUCUUUGUAUAUAGUUUUAUAUACAAUAAAAUGAGCACAAAUUUAGAAUAUAAUAUACAUUCUAUAUGCCGGAUAUGUUUAGAAUAUAUACAGUACGAAAAUGCUUACGAUUUGUUCCUUAUUCCGGGGCUAGCAAAAAAGUUAAUUGUAUGCACUUGUAUAAAUGUUGAACCAAAUGAUGGAUAUCCAAAAAAUAUCUGUGGAGUUUGCUAUACGCGUCUAAACGAUUUACAUGAUUUUCAAAAACAAUGUAUUGAGUCUGUGCAAAAGUUUCAGGAUAUAUUUUCAAAGAAUGGAUUUCCGGAAGUACCUUUAACCACAGUUGACAAUUGGGUGCCUGCUGGUACUGAGGAAACCCAAAACGCUUUGGCAGACGAUGAUGAAGCACCUAACUGUGAUCCAUUACUUAACCAUAAAAUGGAAUUAUUGGAAAAUGAAGAUGAUGUUUUCAAACUUAUAGGAAAUGUUGAUAAAGAAGCGAAAGAAACGGAGGAGAAGGAAAAACAAUUAGAGGAAGCUAAUUUAAAUCAGUCGAAAAAUGGCAAAAUAUUUAGUGAUGAAUCAAGUACCGAAUUCGAAGAAGAUAAUGACGAGGAUGAAGAUUUCAUUUGCAAUGAGAACGAUAAAAGCGACAGUGAUGAUGAUGAUCUGCCACUUGCUGCACGUUUGCGUAAAAAAGAAGCUGCAAAUUCCAGCAAUGGACCAAAAGGUAAAGUGAAACGUAAGCGGAUACCAGCUGCAGAACGGCAUUUACAUCGCAUAAUAACCUGUCAUAUAUGCCAGAAAAAGUUCAAAAAAGCUGAUAAUUAUCAAAAUCAUAUGAAAUAUCACAAUGACAAACUACCAUUUCAGUGCACAGUUGAAAAUUGUCAAAGAGGCUUUACAACAUCUUACGCACUGCGGGUACAUGUAGAGCAUACGCAUACGGUUCCAACAGAAAAGUAUCCUUGUACUGUCGAGGGAUGUGGACGUGUAUUCCAUCGAACGCGAAUUCUGAAUUGGCAUCUGAAAAAAAUACACAAAGUAGUAAGAGAUCCAAAUGAAAUUAAAAAAUAUCCAUGCAGCGAAUGUGAGAAAGUUUUCAAAUGUCCAAUGGCACACAAAAAACAUAUGUUUAAACACGAUGGCAAGGAACUACCAUUUCCAUGUAAUAUUUGUGGCAAACGAUUCGUCACGAAUACUGCUUUAAAAGACCAUUUGAUGAGGCAUGCGGGUAUUAAAAAUUACAUGUGUCCAUAUUGUGGUGUGGGUAAGACAACUAAACAAGAAUGGAACAAUCAUAUAACCACACAUACCAAGGAGAAGAAAUUUAAAUGUGAACUGUGUCCCCAUGCGUCACACAAUAGACAAAACCUGCGGAUGCACAUAAAGAUAGUGCAUGAUAAAAUCAAGGAUUAUGCAUGUCAAUAUUGUGGUAAAACAUUUGGAAAGUCCAAUGCAUGUAAAAUGCAUGAAACGAUUCAUACUGGAGACAAGAAACAUGAGUGUAAGGUUUGUAAUAAGAAAUUUUUGUAUUUAAAAGGUUUAACAAAACAUUUGCAAACACACGAGAAACGUGUGCUGCGCGCAUUUGAAGGUAUACCAAAUAAAGAAUUCACUCCAUCGCAAGUGUCAGAGGCUACCUUAAAAGAGACGCAUCAAAAAGUAACGGAGGAACUGUUGAAAGUGACUUCUAAGACAGCUAAUCCCGUAUCAACUGAUCCUAGGCGUGUAGCACGUGUAGAUAUUUCAUUGCUAGCAGGAACUGCCAUUAAUCCCAUUCCAUCAGUAGCAGUUCCAUCUUGGUCGCCGCAAGUAAAACCAAUGUUAAAAGAAGGUCCACAUAUAUGUCCUGACUGUGGUCAAGGCUUCAAUGGCAUUGGUAAUUUAAAACGUCAUCAUCGAAUUGUACACGAACGAGUUAAAGAUUUCGCAUGUCGUUAUUGUCCUCUACGUUUUGCUAAAGCUGAUACACUUAAACAUCACGAAAUGACACAUACUGGAGAAAAGCCACAUCAAUGUAUGGACUGCGGCAAGCGUUUUAUACAAAGUGUGGCGUUAAAGCGACAUAUGAAGGUGCAUAUGGACCGCAGUUUGUUGCCGCCAACUGUCAAGAAAUUCGAAUGCACGAUUUGUGGUAAGCGUUUCAUACAAAAUUAUCAUCUUAAACGGCAUAUGAAAGUACAUAUUACCCAACCGAAACCUGCCACCGUAUUAGCUGCUCGCGAAGAUGUCCAGAGAAAAAAAAUAAAACACAUAGAAGUUAAGCGAAAAGAAGAAGAAGAUCGUUCAGCUAUUGCUGAAGCAGCAAAACAGCAAUUGGACGAAAUUAAAGAACAAGAGAAUAAACUUAAAAUGGCUAAAGAAAUUCUCAAAGAUAUGGCACCGGUGCCAAUUCCUGAAAGGAUGCCACCAUCAGAAGUGAAAUAAGCAUUGGAAAGCUGUUAAAAAUUCUGAAAUGUUAAUAGUUCUUGUUAAGCAUGUAGUAUAUAGUUUAGUUUAUGUAAUUAUAUAAUGUCUGUGUUUUUAUUAUUAAUACUUUUUAUAUCAUAACUGUUUGCAAUAUUAAGCUAUUUAUAGAUUUUUGUUUUGUUUUUGGUUCUUUACUUGUAUCUAAUAUGGUUAGGAAAUGUUUAAUACAAUAAUU